CACUGCUUAACUGGCAGGCUCUCAUGGAGGAACAGGUGGCCGGCACCGUCUUCACAGAGCUGGAUGACGAAAGUGUGCUUGGGGAGUUGAAUAUGGACGUCUUUGAGGAGUUGUUCAAAACUAAAGCUCAGUCUGCUCCUGUUGAUGUCGGCACUCUGAAGGUGAAAGUGGCUCAUAAAGCAUCCAGUAAAAUCGCACUACUGGAGCCCAACAGGGCCAAAAACCUCGCCAUCACGCUGCGCAAAGGAGGCAUGAGCACCGCGCAGAUCUGCACUGCGAUCCAAUCGUAUAAUCUGGAUUUGCUAAACUCAGACUUUCUGGAGCUGCUGGAGCGUUUCAUCCCGUCUGAUUAUGAGCUGAGGUUGAUUGAGAAAUACGAGCGUGAAGGACGCCCCCUGCUGGAGCUGUCGGAGGAGGACCGAUUCAUGGUGGCCUUCAGCAAAAUCCCGCGUCUGGCACAGAGAAUCAGCACGCUGACCUUCAUGGGCAACUUCAGCGAGAGCAUCCUGCUAUUAAAGCCUCAAUUAAAUGCCAUCAUAGCUGCAUCCAUGUCAAUCAAAUCCUCCAGCAAACUCAAGAAGAUUCUAGAGAUCAUUCUUGCGUUUGGGAAUUACAUGAACAGUGGGAAGAGAGGACCAGCAUAUGGAUUUCGACUCCAAAGUCUGGACCUGCUUCUGGACAUGAAAUCCACAGAUCGAAAACUGACACUCCUGCAUUUCAUCGUCAGCAUCAUACAAGAAAAAUAUCCUCAACUGCACAGCUUUCACACUGAACUACACUGUCUGGAUAAAGCUGCUCUGG